AUGGGUUCGUUCAGUGACUGGAUUCAAAUUCAUAAAAAUAUUUCCGGAACAAGUUUUGUAAUAAAGGAAUUUGACCGUGAAAAAGAUAGUUUAUACAGGAUAAAAGCUGAAAAUAAUUUUGGAAUUUCCGAUCCAUCAAUGUGUGUUACAUUUUAUGGAGAGCCAAGUAGUCAGAAUGACCAAAUUUUUCAAAAAAAGUUGGAUCCAAGAAACGACAAACUUCCGCCAAAAACCCCGCGUGAUAAACCAAUGAUAAAAGAUUUUGAAAAUAAACUUGAAAUAUCAUGGCAUGCAUCAGAAUUUUCAGAAAAUGCUAUAUCGACGGAUGUUUAUUAUGUUGUUGAAAGGAGGUGUCCACCAAGUAGAAAUUGGAUUGAAAUAGCAAAUGAUAUCAAAGACACAAAGUAUAUUAUGAAUGAAUAUAGAUCAGAAAAAGAUUACAUGUUUCGAAUUCGAGCUGGAAAUGAGUUUGGCGUCAGUGAUCCCACAUUGGCUGCUUCAGUUUUUGCUAAGCUUGAUUUAUCAAGUUUAAAAAAGUCUUCAUCAACAAGCCACGAUUUCAAUGAGUUCAAAUCAAAAGUAAAGCCUCGCACAAUUUGGGAUAGACCUGAUAUUGAAGCUGUUAAACCUGAUUCAUUUGUUCUAAAAUGGAAAGCCAGUAGUGUUCCUCAGUAUGCCGUUCAAACUGACAUAUGGUAUGUCGUCGAACAAAGAUGUCUUCCGACUGCUGAUUGGACCACGAUAGCUUCCGACCUGAAAGAUACACAUUUCAAAGUGACUAAGUUUAGUCCACUAAAAGAUUACUACUUUCGUGUAAGAGCAGUUAAUGAAUUCGGAAUGGCCGAACCAUCAAUGCCUGUUAUGUACAAAAAGAAUGAAAGAGUAAUUCCCGAAAUUAUUGGUGUAACAGAUGAGGUUCAGUAUGGCGUUGAAGGUCGUCCAUCAAACAUCACUUUCAAGGUGCGGGGUUAUCCUGAACCAUCAGCCACUUGGUAUUUUAAUAACAUCAGACCUUUUCUCACGUUUGAAAUGGCCUCCACGUUAGAACGCUACAUUGCAUCAUCUCGCCUCGACUACAGCAACUCUCUGCGUACCUAA